AUGGGCAUCAAGUAUGGGUUCGGUCGCCAUGUUUGGGACCUUGAUACAACUACGGUCGUUCCAAACGUUAUCAUGUUCGACUACCUGGCACAGACGUUCGGCAUUGCUGGUGUUGGGUUACAAAUCUUGACCAAUUCGAUAUUGAUCAUCAUUCUAUUUGUUCAAUGCCCGGGACAUGCGUCUGCUAUCUGGAAUCAGAAUGGGCAAGAUAAAUGCUGGGAUGUCCGCAUCCAAGCAUACUACGGUGCAAUGGCAGCCUCCGUUAUGAAAGCAGUACAAACCCAAGUCCUCGCACACGCAGACGAUGAUCCAACCGUUGCAACCGUCAACUACGAUCGCUGGAUAUACAUCGAAGCCUACUUGGUCAUCAUAACGGCAUCGAUACCUUGUCUCAGAUCGUUAUUACGAUCUGUUCGAGGACGGACAAUUGAAACCGGGCGGAGCACAUACGAGUUGAGUUCGCCAUACGCUGGAAACUCGAUACCCACAUCUAGAUCCCGGAGGUUGACACCGACAAUAACCGGGAAGUCAAUGAUACGUAUCUCUGAUAAUUCUAGCGCGGAUGAUAUUUUGGAAUGGAAUAAUAAUGAGAUUGAUGGAGUACACGAGAUGACCGAGUCGAAAAAGUCGAUACAUGCCUGUGUAUAA